AUGGAUGCCGAUAACGAGAAGAAGAUCCUUGUUGAGGAUUCAACUACAACAACAACACAAAAGGAUGAGCCUGAAAAGCAGGCUGAACUUGGAGAUCUUUGGCGCGUCUUUCGAUUCGCCGACCGCCUCGACUGGAUCCUCAACUUCACGUCCCUUAUCUGCUCCAUCGCUUCUGGAGCAACACUCCCCUUGAUGACUAUUGUCUUUGGGCAAUUCACAGGCCGAUUUAGUGACUAUGCGAGUGGUAAGAUCGACCCCGAGGGCUUUCAGGAUGAGGUCAACACCUUCGUCCUAUGGUUUGUCUACCUCUUUGUGGGCAAACUUGUCCUCAGCUAUCUGGCCACUUUGACUGUCACAAUUUCCGGAAUCCGAACGACACGAGUACUUCGACAGCGUUUCUUGGAACACCUUCUUCGAACCGAGAUCUGGUACUUUGAUACGGCUAAUGUUGGAUCACCCGCGACGCAGAUGACCACCAAUGUUACCCGUAUCAACCAGGGUAUUGCUGAGAAACUGUCACUUCUUAUCCAAGGACUGGCUAUGUUCGUCUCAUCCUUUGUCGUCGCGAUAGCAGUUCAGUGGAAGCUGGCACUUAUCACUUUGACUGUUGUGCCUCUCUUCUUCUUCAUCAUUGGUGUCGGAAUGACCCUUGAUGCGCCUAUCGAAGCAAAGGUUCAGGGCAGUUACUCCCAAGCCAAUGUCUUCGCUCAAGAGGUUAUGGCUUCCAUCCGAACGGUCCAUGCCUUUUGGGCACAGGGCAGAAUGAUAGUGCGAUACGAUGACUAUCUCAAAGAAGCUCACGUCCACGGAAAGAAGAAAUCUUUCAUGUACGGUGUCAUGAGCUCAUCAACUUAUUUCUGCAUGUACGCUGGAAAUGCUUUGGCCUUCUGGCAGGGUUUCCGCAUGUACCAGAGUGGUGAGAUCGACUCUGUCGGUACUGUGUUCACCGUUGUGUUAUCUGUCUUGCUUGCAUCAUCGUCGAUCGGUCUUCUCUAUCCACAGGUCCCAGCCCUGGCCAACGGCGCGGCAGCAGCUUCCGAGCUCUUCAAGAUCUUCGAUAAGCCAUCCUCACUGGAUCCUCUCGGUGAUGAAGGCAAAGUCCCUGAGAACUGUCACGGCCAUCUCGAGGCACAGAACGUUUCCUUCUCAUACCCAUCUCGACCCGACACAAGCGUGCUCAACAACAUCAGUCUGAACAUCCCAGCUGGCAAAACGACUGCCAUUGUUGGGGCCAGUGGCUCGGGAAAGAGUACUAUAAUUGGUUUGUUGGAGAGAUGGUAUCUACCAACUUCUGGCAGCUUCCUCCUUGAUGACAUGGAUGUAUCCAUGCUUAAUGUCAAGUGGCUUAGGUCCCAGAUGGCUCUUGUCCAGCAGGAACCUGUUCUAUUCAGAGGAACGGUGUUUGAGAAUGUGGCCAAGGGCUUCACCGAGGCACAAAAGGCCCUGAGCCUUGAUGACCAGAGGAAGCUGGUGCAGGAAGCCUGCGAAGCCAGCUACGCUCACGAGUUCAUCCAAAAACUCGAACAGGGAUAUGAUACAUAUCUCGGCGAGCGAGGCGGUACGCUUAGCGGUGGCCAAAAGCAGCGAGUUGCCAUUGCACGCAGCGUGGUCUCUAACCCUAAGAUCCUUCUCCUUGAUGAAGCAACAAGUGCCCUCGAUCCCAACGCCGAGCGAAUCGUUCAAAAGGCCUUAUCGCGAGUUUCUCAAGAGCGAACCACGGUAGUCAUCGCGCAUCGCCUAUCAACUAUCAAGGACGCUGACAAUAUCGUCGUUGUGUCAGCCGGCCAGGUCGUUGAGCAGGGCAAUCACGAGGAACUUCUUGCACUCAAUGCUCACUAUGCCAGACUCAUUCGUGCACAGAACCUUACAGUUUCUGCGAAUGACGUUCAAAAGGACAUGGGUGCGAAGCAGGAUAUGAUCGAAGUCGAGACAGACGAGGAGGUGGCGCGCGUCAUGACAGCACAAACUGAGAAGUCCAUGGUGCUCAAGGAUGGAGAUGCCAAGCCGAAGGACCGCUCUAUUUUAACGAGCAUCUUCCUUAUCCUCAAAGAACAAAAGACCCUUCUCCCUCACAUCAUUGUCGCAGCACUCGCCUGCAGUAUCGCCGCAGCUACCUGGCCAGGUCAAGCUGUCCUGUUCUCCCGCCUUAUCACAGCCUUCUCUUCCAGUCAACCCUCUGCAUCAGAUGCCAACUUCUAUGCGCUCAUGUUCUUCGUCAUUGCCCUUGGUAAUCUAGUCGCCUACUUCACCAUUGGAUACAUCUCCAAUCAUGUGGCCCAAUCCAUCUCUCAUCAGUACCGUCUUGAAUUGUUUAGUCGCAUGGUCGUCAUGGACAUUGACUUCUUCGAUCGAACUGAGAAUUCAUCCGGUGCAUUGGCUUCAACAUUAUCCUCAGUCCCCACGAGUUUGACAGAGCUUCUUGGACUGAACAUCUAUGUUGUUCUCGUCAUGGCCGUCAACAUAACUGCUAGCUCCAUUCUUGCACUGGCGUAUGGCUGGAAACUGGCUCUUGUCAUGGUCUUUGCAGGACUGCCUCUUCUCAUGGGUUCUGGUUACUUCAAGAUUCGUCUUGAGUCUAGGCUUCAUGAGAGCAAUGAGGCAAGAUUUCGAGAAAGUGCCAGUCUUGCUAGCGAGGCUGUAUCCGCUCUGAGGACGGUUGCCUCUUUGACCGCCGAGUCUGAAUUUAUUCAGGCAUACUCAGAGACUCUGUCAAGCAUUGUCGCCCAAUCAGUCAAGUCUCUUUCGAUCUCAAUGGUUGCAUAUGCCUUUUCACAGUCAAUUGAGUUUCUGGUAAUGGCACUCGGAUUCUGGUACGGUUCACGACUCAUAUCUUCUGGAGAGUAUACAUCGGAACAGUUCUUCCUCAUCUUCAUGGGCGUUUUGUUUGCGGGCCAAGCUGGUGCCCAGUUGUUUGCCAACUUGGGUAGUCUCACAAGAGCAAAGGGCGCGGCAAACUAUCUCUUUAACCUGCGGGAGGAGCAGCCAGUCGUUCGAGAGACCUAUGAGAACAAAGAUCGAGGUCCUGAUCUUGACCAGACCAUCAGUGUUGAUAACGUCCACUUCAAGUACAAGAGUCGCAGUACCAAGAUCAAUCCAUCUCAGUUUGUUGCUGUUUGCGGUCCCAGUGGCUGCGGCAAAUCAACCCUGGUAUCUCUACUUGAGCGAUACUACGAUCCUACAUCUGGCAAGAUCUGCAUUGGCGGGCAAGACAUCAAGGAUGUUUCACCUCGUCUCUAUCGUAAUGAGAUGUCUAUGGUUCAACAAGAGCCUGUCCUAUACGAAGGCAGUGUACGAGAGAACAUCUUGAUGGGUCUCGACGGUGACAUUGACGAUACAUCUGAAGAGCGACUCAACGAGGCUGCUCGACAGGCCAACAUCCUCGAUUUUGUCUCAUCCCUUCCAGAAGGAUUCAACACUCCAUGCGGUGCCCGAGGCACAGCAUUCUCGGGUGGUCAACGUCAACGAAUCGCUAUUGCCCGUGCUCUUAUCCGCAGACCGAAGCUUCUUCUUCUGGAUGAGGCAACUUCGGCGCUCGAUACACACUCGGAGCAACUCGUCCAGGAGGCACUGGAACAGACGAGAAAGGAAAGCGGAUGCAGUGUGAUUGCGGUUGCGCAUCGACUUUCGACUAUUCGAAAUGCUGAUGUUAUCUUUGUGCUUGUUGGUGGAAAGGUUGUUGAGGUGGGAACGCAUGAGGAACUUCAGGCUAAGGGAGGUGUAUAUGCGGAUAUGUGUCAGGCUCAGUCUCUAGAUAGAGAGGCCUAG